ACAAUGGAUUCAAGCCAACCCACUUCUUCCUCCACUCAUGUCUCCGAUGAGGAAGCAAUGUUGACGGCCUUGCAACUGUCCUUUGCAUCGGCCUUGCCCAUGAUCUUGAAGUCGGCUAUAGAACUCGAUUUGCUGGAGAUCAUGGCCAAAGCCGGUCCGGGAGCUUUGCUGUCUACGAAAGAAGUGGCUUCCCGGCUCCCAACCACCAACCCUGAUGCGCCUUUCAUGCUAGACCGCAUGUUUCGUCUGCUAUCCAGCUACUCCGUCCUCACUUGCUCCUUGCGCACUCUUCCCGACGGCAAAGUCGAGAGACUCUAUGUUCUCGGUCCCGUCUGCAAAUUCUUGACCAAGAACGAGGAUGGUGUCCCUGUUUCCACCGUAUUACUAUUAGGGUAAAUUAUACUAGAUUCCACUAAA